AUGAGCUUAGGUGCGGGCAGCAAUAAUGGCAGCACCGGAGGAGACCGAGAGCGUGGCAGUUCGCUGAGUCGGCGCAGUGCGUUUCUCAGCGCCAUUGACCCGGCAAUUCGACGCAAAGUGGAGGCCGCCCAGGUGUAUUUUCUUGAGUACUACGUCGACCAUCUUACAUACAUUGCCAACCGGCGGCUACGGCUGGACAGCUUCAAGACGGCCGUACGCAGCGUGCAGGUGUCGGCGCAGGAGGUGCAGCAGUCAUGGACCAACCACUGCGUCAACGAGACCAACAUAUUGCGACGGCGCCGCAACCGCACGCGCGAGCAUGAGUUUACCGUACUGGCACAGAUUGGCCAGGGUGGGUUUGGUCAAGUGUUUCUUGCGCGCAAGCGCGACACUGGCGAGGUGUGCGCCUUGAAGAAGAUGGAUAAGCAGCUGCUAGUACGCCUGAAUGAAGUACAGCACAUUCUGACUGAGCGCGACAUUCUGCGCACCUCACGGUCGCCGUGGCUGGUUAAGCUGUUGUACUCGUUCCAAGACCCGAGACACUUGUAUCUGGCCAUGGAGUUUGUGCCUGGCGGCGACAUCCGCACGCUGCUCAUUCAGAAUGAGCUGUUCCGACACCCGGUGGCCCGAUUCUACAUUGCAGAGAUGAUUGUGGCUGUGGCUGCUCUUCACUCAUUUGGCUACUUCCACCGCGAUCUCAAGCCCGAAAAUUUUUUGGUCGACGCCACGGGCCACGUAAAGCUGACUGACUUUGGGCUGUCCCACGGACACUUGAGCCGGCCCACACUGUUGGCCAUGCGCAAAAAGCUUGACAAGGUCAAGGACAAGGAGUUUGUCUACCAGUCGUCUGGCGACAAGCGCAGCUUGACCAAGUAUGCCGCUGCGCGUCUGGAAGAGCAGUCAUCGCGGGCGUAUUCGAUUGUCGGGUCGCCCGACUACAUGGCACCCGAAAUUUUCGAUGGGUCGCACGAUCCUUUGGCCGAUGCGCAUCUUGGCUAUGACUUUCGUGUGGACUUUUGGUCUCUCGGCUGCAUCAUGUACGAGUUCUACUCCAGCUACUCGCCGUUUACCGGACCGACUGCCGACGAUGUAUGGCGCAAUGUUUACCACUGGGAGGAGGUUUUGCAGAGGCCCGACUUUGGCUCUAAGGAAGCUGACAACAACUUGACGCCUGAAGCUUGGGACCUGAUUGCGUCGUUCGUGUGCCAUCGAGACAUCCGGCUGUGCUCAUUGUCAGAGAUAUCAAAGCACUCAUAUUUCCGCGGCAUGGACCUUCUUCACCUGCGCGAAACGCUAAUGCCGCCAUUUGUGCCCGCACUGCAGUCCGACGCCGACAACACUCACUUUGAUAACUUUGACGACCCCACAUCGAUGGCCGCCUACAAUGAUGUCAACAACAAGUGGAGGGACAUGGGUAAUAUGACGGCGCAGCAGCAGCCAGCCGCCGAGAUUGACCCUGCUGCAUUCAUCGGCUUCACAUACAAGCACAAUCGCCAGCAUCGGUUCAUAUGA